UCCGAUGGACCUUUCCAGUUCAGUAGUCUACAUUUCGCGCUCGAACCGUGAGCAGCUUCGCAGUCUUCGCGAAUCGCGAGUAACCUCGACCACGCCGUCGUCAUUGUUGUCGUAGAGAGAAGAAGUGACCAUCAACAGUCAACGGUUUACCGGUGUGUUUUGUUGAGAAGGAUUCAUUUAGCCACGUUCCAGCCGCAGUACUGAUUCGAUUGAGUGGCAACAUACAUCGCGGGAAGCCGCCAUGCUGCAUUGUGUUAGGAGCAACCCUAUCUGUUAGGCCAUCGCAUUCCAUUGAACCUCCUGACUAAACAACUGUGAAAGAGACCAAGCUCAACGAAAGCAAUCAAGAUGACCGUAGUGCAGGCGGCGCCCUCCAGCGGCGGACUGAAGCGCGAAAUGGGCCUGAUGUCCGCCAUCAACGUCAUCAUCAGCGUGAUGAUCGGUUCCGGUAUAUUCGUCUCACCGACGGCCGCUCUCAAAUACUCCGGAAGCGUGGGAUUUUGCCUGGUUGUGUGGGCAGUUUGCGGGAUUAUAUCGCUGCUUGGUGCACUGUGUUUUGCAGAGCUGGGAACGGUCGUACCACGAUCCGGGGCGGAGUAUGCAUACCUGAUCGAAGCUUUCAAAAAGACGAACAAAUUCUGGGGACCACUACCAUCCUUCAUCUGUGCCUGGGUCUACGUGGUAGUGCUGCGACCCGCCGAAAUAGCUGUGAUAAUUCUCACAUUCGCCGAAUACUCAAUUCUACCCUUCAGUAAUAUACUUGGGUUGAAGAGCCUCCCUGAAGAGGAUCUUCAUAAUCUUAUCAAACUGAUAGCCCUGUUAGGAUUAGGUGUUAUCACUUAUAUUAAUCUAAGCAGCGUAAAGUUAUACGUUACGAUCAAUAACAUAUUUGGAUUUUGCAAAGUGUUUGCAUGCCUCAUAGUAAUUUUUGGUGGUAUCUACCAGCUAGCAAUAGGCAACACAGAAAAUUUGUCCAGGGGUUUCGCUGGCACCAACUUCAGCCCUGGUCACAUCGCAUUGGCCUUCUACAACGGGCUUUGGGCGUAUGAUGGAUGGUCGAGCGUCACCACCAUCACCGAGGAAAUCAAGCGACCUGAAGUCAAUAUUCCACGAUCCAUCAUCAUUGCCGUACCGAUCAUCACCGGCCUAUACGUAUUCAUGAACAUGGCCUACAUGACGGUGCUGUCCCCGGAGGAAAUGAUCCAAUCGGAAGCCGUUGGGCUGGACUUUGGCGAUCGCGUGCUAGGAUCAUUUUCCUUCCUGAUCCCACUAGGAGUCGCCCUGUCAACCUUCGGAUGCGCCCUUAGCAUCCAAUUUGGCGUAACUCGACUCUGCUACGUGGCCAGCCAGGAAGGUCAAAUGCUGGAACCUCUCUCGUACAUCCACGUACGCCGAGCAACUCCCACACCUGCCGUCGCAAUGCAGGGAAUCCUAGCGUUCGCCUUCAUCUUGGUCGGCAACAUCGAAGAACUCAUCGAACUUGCAUCGUUCCUUAUCUGGUUCUUCUACGGAUCGGCCUUCAUCGCACUGCUGACCUUGCGCAAAACGCAACCCGACACACCUAGACCGUACAAAGUGCCAUUGUUUGUGCCAAUUUUCGCCCUCGGAGUAUCCAUCUUCUUAUCGAUAGUACCGAUCAUCGCUGAACCGUCGCCGAAGUAUUUCUUCGCCGUGGCGUUCAUCCUGAGUGGCGUAGCUGUCUACACGCCGUUUGUCUACUACAAAAUUAGGCCCAAGUGGAUAAAUAAACUCACCUACCUCAUCCAGGUGUUAUUUGAGGCCGUGCCCACCGCGGAGAAAUUUGAAUAGGAUUUAUUGCUGCGCAAUUGUUUUAUCUUUUAUAAUAAAAAGACAUAAAUUUUA